GCAAGCGUGGAGUCGUGUACACGGAAAGGGGGUGUGUGAGGAUAGUGGCAGCGUUUCAUGCAGCUCCAGUGGACACCUAAAGCGGGACUCACUGGUGUGUGUGUAAGGAGGGCUAACACACACACACACACACACACACACUUAACAUUUGGACACAACAUGGCGAUGAGGCGCCGAGAGACACGACGACUCUUCCCCGACUAACACAACCACGUUAUGUUUAUUGGUGGGGAAGGCGCGCGACAGGGAAAUACGUGAAAUAACUAAUUAAACCUGAAGAGAUUUUUUUUUUUCCCGAAUUCCAUUAUAUGCAUGUAGCUGUAGCGGUCAUAUAAAGCACACACUGCUUUACCCCCGCUGCUGGAAAUCAAACGCUCUACAUGGCGGUGGAGAAAAUCUGGUUCUUCUGUCUACUUUCUCUGGGUUACUGUGGAUUAUCCGUGCAAGAGAAGCCCGUAUCCGUGGAGCUGAGCUGUGGUGCUGGUCCUGUCCAUGUGGUUCUUGAGCCUGAUCACCCUCUGCUGCUGGAAUGCCACCUGGGGGCCAGUGAGCCCCCCCUCAACGUGACCUGGCUGCGGGAUGGGGUGCUUCUCUCAGAAAGCCAGACCAUCCGGCCUUUGAUCAACGGGUCUCUACUCAUCUUGCCCUCUUCCAUGGAUGGCCAGGCUCCAGCGGGUGUGGAGGGCGGCUACAGUUGCCUAAGUACCAGCUCGACAGGAGCGCUGACCAGCCGGGCUCUCACCCUGCAUCUCGCCAGCUUGUCCCGUUUUCUUCAGGAUCCUGAACCUCAGGUUGUGCCAGAAGGUGGCACUGCCCGGUUUGAGUGCUAUGUAGAUGGCUUGCCCACCCCAAGUAUCACCUGGGAGAAGGACCAGGAACCCCUCCCUGCACCCACAGAACCUCUAGAACCAUCCAGGUACAUAUCUCUUCCUAAUGGGGUGCUGCAGAUUUUAGGGGUCACUAAAGAAGAUGAAGGCUUGUACCGCUGCUUGGCCUUCAACUCUGCCCGCAAACGCUUCAGCCAAGAUGCUCCCCUCACAGUUAGCCCAGGUGUGUCCCAGGAGAGUGAGGUGGUGAUUGUGGCUCCACCACGGAACUCUACAGUGGUCAUGGGUCGUCCGGCUGUGAUGGAGUGCAUGGCUCAGGGUGAACCCAAACCUUUCGUAUCAUGGAGCAGACAGGAUGGGAAGCCUAUAGCUACAGAUGUGGUUGUCUUGGCAACUAACCUAGUGAUUCCUGACACCCGCAGUCACCAUGCUGGAGUGUAUGUGUGUCGUGCCAACAAACCCAAGACCAGAGAUUUCGUCUCAUCUCCUGCUGAACUUCGAGUACUGGCUCCACCAGUCAUCCUCCAGCCCCCAGAGGCGGUGUCCCUGUCCCGGGGGAAUACAGCUCGGUUUGUGUGUAAUAGUUCGGGUGACCCUCCCCCUGCUCUGCGCUGGCUGAAGAAUGGUGAACCGGUCCAGUCUAAUGCCCGGGUUAAGACUCAGAACCCUGGAGUUCUGCUCAUCAACCAGCUGCGGCUGGACGAUGCAGGAUACUACCAGUGUAUUGCUGCCAACAGCCUGGGCACCGCCUGUGCCACUGCCAAGCUGUCUGUCAUCGUGAGGGAAGGGCUGCCUAGCCCUCCCCGUCAUGUGUUGGCCAUACCCCACUCUAGCACUUCUGCCCUGCUCACCUGGGACCCACCUGAACAUAACAGUGACCAGAUCAUUGGGUUUUCAGUACACUACCAACGCACGGCAGGCUCAGACAACAUGGAGUAUCAGUUUGCAGUGAAUAAUGACACAACAGAGCUGCACGUAAAGGAGCUGCUCCCUCACACAACCUACACUUUCUAUGUAGUGGCCUACUCGCUCAUUGGGGCCAGCCGCCCGUCACUGCCCGUUACCGUGGAGAUGCUAGAGGAUGUUCCCAGUGCUUCUCCACAGCUGUCCCUGCUGAGUACAUCUCCCACUGACAUGAGAGUCAUGUGGCUUCCUCUGUCCUCACAGCUGAGCCGCGGAGCCAUCACACGCUACCGCAUUGACUACAGAGCGCUGGAGCAGGUGGAUCACAUAUACUCUGUGGAAGUGGGUGGGAAUGAGACACAGGUGACUUUAAAGGAUCUGAAACCAAAUCAAACAUACCAGAUCCGGAUUGCGGCGGGAACACGAGCUGGGUUUAGUCAGUCGUCUGAGUGGGCCUCGCACCACACACCAAACCUUACUCAGGUGCUCUUUGCUCCCACUGAGCUCAAAGUGAGAGCCAAAAUGCAUUCCCUCCAUGUCACAUGGCAGCCACCGCCCAAUCACACUCAAAUCAUCGGCUACAAGCUUUCCUGGAGGGAACUGGAUGGAGAGGAGCUGGCCAAUGAGGAGAAGCCUAUGAUCAACGAGAGGAUUCAGCAGAUCAAACUGAGGAAGAGAGUUAAACACCAUGAGGUCACAGGACUUGCUCCUGAUCAGCUGUACGAGGUGAAGGUUUGGGCCUUUAAUAAACAGACUGAGGGAUAUCCUGCUGUCUGGAAGGGCAGAACAGAGAAGCUCACACGAGUGCGGACAACAGACUCUCUCCCACCAUUGCCACCCAUCAGUGUUAGAGCUCGUGCAAACGGUUCCACUUCUAUCUGGCUCCACUGGGAGAAACCGCACUUUAGCAAUGUGCGAAUCAUCAACUACACUAUACGCUGCAGCCCCGCAGGAAUACGCAAUGCAUCGCUGGUCUCAUACUAUACCAGCUCUUCUCAGGAGAUUUUACUGGAAUCACUGAAGCCCUUCACAAGCUAUGAAAUCGCUGUGCAGUCUAACGGAGCUGAAAUGAGUGGCCCUUUCAGCAGCACAGUGGAAGAAUCCACACUUCCAGACAGACCCUCCUCUCCUCCUCUGGACAUGCAGUUGAGUGCACUGGACUCAUACUCUGUUCUUGUGAGCUGGCGCCCUCCACUGGAGCCAAAUGGUGUCAUUUUGACCUACUGGAUCCUCUACACCGGCAACAUCAGCCAUCCAGAUCACCUGUGGAUAAAACUCACACAUGACGGUUCUGUUACCAGUGCAGAGGUCCAAGGCCUGACGAGUGUGAUGCGUUAUUAUUUCAAGAUGGGGGCCUGCACUGAAGUUGGGGUGGGACCAUAUUCACCUGUGAAGGAUGUCUUUACUCCUCCAAAGAAAUAUGAGCUGGAUAUCCAUGCUGUGACUGGUAUCAUAGUUGGAGUGUGUGUUGGUCUGCUCUGCAUCCUGCUCUGCAUGUGUGUCAGUUUCCGCAAUGGAAAAACACGGGAUGUGUCUGGUGGACUUGACUCGAGUUCUUUGAGUCCUCAGUACAGGAAGGAUGCCCGUCCAGUGCCUGCUACUGCGCCUGAUUGCACUGACUGCCAUGAGUUAGAAACCCUCAUGCCCUCAAAUGCACAAGACCCCAACAAGCCCCUCACAGACCUCACUGAGCAGCAGAGUCUCAUGGGUAAUAUAGAAGGGGCUGACGAUGGCCUUGCAGAAUCCAAGCCAGCCUGGAAUGGAUCUGUUAGUCGGAACUGGGCCAAUAGGAUCACCAGAUACAGAGAUACUAUAACUGAGGAUUCUUCUGCUCUCAUCAAUGGAGCUCUUGAGGGACCACCGUCAGAGAACAAUAAGAGUGGGCAUGUGGAGACGCUGUAUUCCCUCAGCAAGAACCAGGUGGAGGCUGAAGUGAUUGUACAUUCACAGCUGUCUAACACGACGGUUGACCAGGGUCCACAAAGUGACAUGGAGCUCUCUUUGGAGACUCCAUUUUCCAAGCACCCUUCUCCUGGAAAGAAGGCAACUCCAUCAAACCCACAUCCAACUUAUGCUCACAGCGAGAACAACCAUGAAACUCGAUCUCCAUCUCCAACCCCCAGUACUCACAUCGCAGAAGUACUGUCCAAUCACAAUGGACCAUUUGAAAGUGGACUAAGCCAGUCGACAGUGGGCAGUGCCAAAAACCAAGGUGUGGGGCUUACUAAUGGCUUCCACUCAUCCAAACCCCUUUGCUCAAAGGCAGAGACCCUGGAGAAUGGGGUCCACAGGCUGUGCCCUGCAGGAAAGGUUCUGCACUCACCAGGUCUCCCUGCUUCCCCCUCAUCCCUUGCCAGCUCUGGCCUUGUCCACUCUACCUCAGGGGUGCAUAACUAUGUGUACCCCUAAGCUGGAAGGAAGAGAAGCGUAAUAAAUGGUGUUCCUAAAGUUCUGGGAUAGAGGAGACCUACGAGUGGCACCUUCCUGCCGGAGAAGUUGAUAUUUUCUCAUAGCCACGCACGCCUCUUCUCUUGGCUGUUUCAUUGCAAAAUUUUGGUUCCAUUAUUUUAUAUGUAUGUACACAUAGAAUAUUUUUUUUAGCACUAGUCUCCAUGGAAAUGCAUUUUAGGGCAUAUCAGUGGCACACUUUAACCCCUCUUUGUGUGCAUGUACGGCAUGUGCUGAAGUGAAGUGGUUUAUGUGUUUACAUGCACACGUGAAGUCAGAGGGUUCUUACUCUGAGGGGAAGUCGAAGGACCCUGAAAUCAGCCCUGCAUAUGGAAACCGAACUCAUUCACUGGACGAACGUCACGAGAUCAGUGCCAAUGGGUGAAGAUCUUGUCAGAGAAGAUAACCCUGCCACAAAUGCCACCUCCUGCUGUCUCAGGGUCACCACACAUAAACACACACACACACACAGAUCUGUGCUUAAAAUGGUUGUACCAGAAAAUUAGCACCAUUUUUCAGUUCUACAUCUAUUCCGGUUUAAAGGGAUUGUUCACCCUUAAAUGAACAUUUUGUCAUUUACUCUUGCUCGUGUUGCUCCAAACCUGUGCAUGGACAAAAAUGUUGUUUGUUUUCUGCAGAAGUAAGAAAACCAUACAGGUGUGGAACAACUUGAGGGAGAGAAAAUGAUGACAGAAUUUUCGUUUUUGGGGUAAACUGUGUCCUUUACUUGAUCAGAUCAGAGGUACAUUUAUGCAUACAUACCAGAAUACAAUACAAAUAAAAACACACAUUCCCUGACUGGAGCGUAGUGUCUCAGGAGUCUCAAAUUCAAAGUGCAUUUGUAUAUGCACGAUUGCUGUAUCAAAUACCUAUAGACAAAAAUGAAGAAGAAAAGAAGGAACAAUACAAAAGGAACACUAAGAGUCCAUGUAAAUUUUCUAUCAUUUCAUGAGUGUACUCGUGAAGACACAUUGAUUCAUGCUCCAAGUUUUUCUCAGUCAACAGCACUACCUCAUUUCUUUACAGGAUUGUGUUUUUUUUCCUGUGUGAUUUUAUGAGUAUAGUAUAGGCGGAUUUGAAGCCGUCUGAUUCAUAGCCUUUGGAUUAUAGCAGAAUCUACUGCCCUUCUCACUCUGUCUGUAUUCUUGUGUAACGGUUACUGAAACUUUCACCUGUGUGCAAGCAUAUGGUCAUUUGCUUGUUAGUCCUUUGCUAUGAAAAAAAAGCUUGAUCAUCACAUCAGUUUUGCAAUAUACCCUUCAAAUGAAGGGGUAUAAACACAGUGGAAGGCAAACCGCAUGGUUUAAGAUCUACCUGUUGACAUGCCAGUCAUCUCUUUUUCUCAGGAACUUCUACGCAGGGAGUCCGAGAAGAACAUUUUCAGCCAAACUAGGAAAUGGCCUCCGUCUUUCAGAGGUCUUGUCAUGUACUUUCUUCUUUGUCCUCAUGCCAUGCAUCUGUCACCAUUUAGAGUUCAUCUGGAACUGUAAAUACAUUUUGCCAUCCAUGCAAAAUCAUGUUUUAUUACAGCUGAGAGCAGGAUCUGUAGAUGUUGCGCUUCGUUUUUAUGCAUUUAAGACGCUUAUUUAAAGUAGUUUCUUUUUUGUUAGCGCUGUUAUAUUGGAAGAUGAACAUCAACAUACUCUCAAAAUCCUGCCGUCUUCAUGUUAUCACCAGGACUGCCCAUGAUGCCAACAACAACAACUCUCAGUUUAGUCGGUCUCAGUCAUUGCUACAGUUCAGCUGAUUAUCUUCGUGUAUUUCAGUAACUUCACCGAGUAGAGCUUUGGUGCUAGAGCAAGACUAGGUUACUUUUAAGAUGGUCUUUUGAACAUUCCAGUUUUUGUAUGCGCAGCAGGCCACACUCAGGGCUGAUCAUGCUGGAAAUGAAGAGGAUGAAUGUCUGAAUAACUGCUUGUUUAAUAAUAACAUUCAGUAAGCCACUCGCAUGUCGAACGGUCGUCAAACUUCUAGAUGUUUAGUGGCCAGUCAACAACUCAACAACAAUAAGUCUGUAACUUUAGACUCAAUGAUUUUAUUGAUAUUAUAAAAUUUUUGUCUAAUACGCUUCACCCCAAAUUCUGUGUUAAAAGGAUCGUUAACCCAAAAAUGAAAAUUCUGUCAUUAUUGACUCAUCCUCAUGUCAUUCCAAACUUGUGUGACGUACUACUACUAAAAAGAGAGAUAUUCUAAAGGAAAUUUGCAGAGCAACAUCGGUCCCUAUUGUGUAGGCAAAAAACUUAAAUAUCUUCUUUUCUGUGAUAAAUGGUAGCAUAAUUAUUAGUUUUGGGUAAAAGAUCCCUUUAAAUGGCACAUAUUAAUUUCAAUUUUCAUAGACUGCUGUCACAAAAAUAAUUGUUGUUUUUUUCUGGUAUGUUUGAUGUCAAGAAUAGUCUUAGCUUUGCUCCAGAGUCUUCUACAUCAGAUUAAUGUUUAGCACAUCCCACCUUCAGCAUUAGGAAUGUGUGGGGGAAAUAAACCUCUUGUUUUGUCUAAAAUGAAGGAAACUGUGGUUUUGCCAGGGUCAGCAGAUGUCUUGUCUUUCUCAGAUAUGCAUUUUAUUGUUCAGAAUCAGCCCUUCAGGAUAAGUUCAUAUUCAGAUACCUCAUUUGCUGCUUGUUCAUUUACUUAGUUAUAUCUUCAAAAUGGUACAAAUGUUUAAAGAUUUAGUUCUUCUGAUCAUCAUGUGUUUGGCAGCAGAGUUUUCUUAAACCAGAUGAGUCGAUUGUCUCAUUUUACCUCAUUUUGAAUCUUCGGGCUGGUUUUUGCUCCACUAUAUUAAGCAUGGAAUGGCUAUUUGUCUGGAUAAAUCUUUGGCAUAUUGCAGAGGAGAAUAGCAAAAUGCAUGAAAUGAGAGUUCAGAUGUCAAGCCAUACCUCUUAAAACAGACACAUGGUGGCAUAUGGACCAUUUUUAUACUGUGCUCAUAAUCAGUGCUUAUUGCUCAGGUGCCCUGUCUUUGCAUAAAAACUCUGGAGAGGUGCAACAGCUUACUCUGAUGUAAAGCAAGUGUGCACUGAAGUAUAAAAACCUCACCUGUCCUCCAGGAAAAUUAAGGCUUUUAUGGCAUGGGAAAAGCAACAACAAAUAUAAACACUGAUGCACAGACAUUUUUCAAAAUAAAUCAUGUAUUCUAAUGGCUGUUUUUUUCUGGUGCUUCGUGGUGAGCUUUCUAUUCUGGUGAUGUGAGAAUCCAUCAGUUUUUUUUUUACUUUUCCCCCCUUCAACCAGCAGACCUGUGCAUUUCUGAGACUCUCAGCACACAUACUUUGGACACAUUUGUGUAACACCAGCAACAGUAAGGUCUCUGACGUCUGUCGGUUAAAUGUGAGAGACAACAUCAGUCUCAGCACAAACACACAACUACACUGACCCAGUAUGAUUACAGCAUGUGACCAUCUGUUAUUUGUUUUAUAUGCUCUCAUGGCCUUCUUUGUACAAAUCAAAUCUAAAGAUUGUAAUGGUUUUUAAGACACAGGUGAAGAGAUUGAAGAAUGCAUUGACCAUUUAGUGUCUUUGAGAUAUGGUAAUAUUGUUUGACCCUCCCAUAGAAAUGUUAUUCUUUACAUUGCUAUGAUCUGUAGCUCUCGUUUUCUGCGCUGUGACAUCAGUUUAAAAAAAAAAAAACAGAAUCUAUAAGAAACUGUCAGUUAACUCCCUUAGAUUAAAUCUAAUCUUUUUAACUGGAACAAAUGUGGCCUAUGAAUAACUGAUGUGGUGAAAUGAUAUCUGAUGACUGAUCAAAUGUUGCUACUCAAUCAUAUGUUACACGUGAGCUGUGAAGAGUGGAGUUUGAUGUCAGAUGGAGGGAUGCAGUGGAGGACAAUGUGAUAUUAUAAUGUGUAUGUUCUUCCUCUGUCACUGUCUCUGUGAGAUUUGCAGGUGUCUCUGCAAACUUGUACUAUGUAAAUAAACAUCCUAAUAACAAGAA